UGGAAGAUUUCUCUGUUUCUCUCUUCACACUUGUGUUUCUAAUAUUUAACAGAAUGUAUGUACAGAGAGAGCGAGUGUGUGUGUGUGUGUGAUGAUUUCCGGUGUGAUGUGAGGUGAGAGAUCAUUAAAUCGGGUUAAAUAGGCUGCUGGAUGAAGCGAUAGAGGCGCGAGGCGGCGCGAGGCUGCGCGAGGAGGAGAUCCUCCAAUCUUCCUCACACUGCCUCAUUGUGUGAGUGGGAAGCGGAGAGGCAGCGAGCACAGGGUUCCGGUGUCGGUGUCGCGUGAUGGAUAAGGGCCACACGGUGAAGCUCUUCGUGGGGAACCUGGCCCUGGACACCACGCAAGAAGAACUGUCUGCCAUUUUCGAGUCCUAUGGCCAAGUGGUCAGCUGCAGCGUCCUUAGGCAGUUUGCCUUUGUCCACUUGCAGGGAGAGGGUGCCGCCGAACGCGCCAUACGGGAGCUCAACGGCCGGGAGUUCAAAGGUCGUAACCUGGUGGUGGAAGAGUCCCGGGGACGGCCGCUCCACUCCACCAAAGUGUUUGUGGGUAAUCUGAGUGGCAUGUGCACCACAGAAGACCUGAAGGAGCUUUUUCAGACUUUUGGGAAGGUCCUGGAGUGUGACAAAGUUAAAGCCUGGCACUCUUCUUCCACAGGCUAUGCCUUUGUGCACAUGGAGAACAAGGAGGACGCGCUACAAGCCAUUGAAGCCUUGCACGGCACCUCAUUCAAGGGCCGUCCACUUUCUGUGGAGUUGUCCAAAGUCCAGCCCAGCAAGCAGACGCCGACUGGAAAGAUCCCUUGCGUUAGUUGUGGUAAACAGGGUCACUAUGCUGGCGAGUGUCCCACUGGGAAACCUGCUCUGGAGCAGUACCAGAGUCAAGCAGCAGUGCUAGCAGCUGCUGCUGCUGCUGCUGCAGGACUUCCACUUCAGGUACAGCAGAGUGUCCACAACUCGGUCUACAACACCACAACCUUCGACCCCACCUAUGCUGCUUUGACUGGCCUCACUGCUGCUGGAGCGAGAGCUGAAGGAGCAGCCGCUGUUGCACCUGCUGUAUAUGGGGCGCUAGCUAACCAAGUUUACGGAACAGUCGCUAACCAGCUCUAUGGAGGCACAAUGGCUAAUCAGGCUCUCAACACUGGGGCCACUGCAGCUGCUGCACAGGUCUAUGGCUCUCUUAACCCUGCCUUGUAUGGCCAGGUGACAAGUGGAAGUGUUGCAGCUGCUGCAGCCGCCGCUGCUGCCUACGGGCCACAGGUUUACACACCUGCAGUGGCCAACCCUGUGUUUUUAGCUGCAGCGCCUAGCAUGGAAGUACCUGCAGCUGCUGCUGCGGCCGCCGCUGCUGUUAACCCAGCCUACACGGUAGCUUCAGCCAUCUAUACAGCCAGCCCAGCUUACAGCGCCUUGGGAGCGGCUGACCCGACAGCCAUCUUUGAAGCAGCAAGGGCUCAGUACUUUGCACAGGGACAGCAGGUGCUAGCAGAGCAGCAGCCAGCUACUACAAAAUCUGGGGAAAGGGACAGGAGCCCGCUCAGAAGAUCAGCACCUCUGCUGCCUGACCCAGUUAUGAAGCCCUUCAUGUACCAGAGGGCAAAGCGCAGAGCGCUACUGCCUACUCCUGCAGGCCGGGAAGAGGCCACGGCCCAGGAAGAAGAUGCCGUUGCCAGGUACUAUGCAGAGUACUAUCAGCAGUACCAGCAGCUCGCCCAGUACCCACAGUACCCCACAGUUCAUUAUCCAGCCCCGAGCGCACUGGCGGCGAUGCCUGCCAUCCCCACGCUGUCUGCCGUUCCUGCCGCACUCGACCCACUCAGGCCAGUGCUGCCCGCCGCCCCCGUGCCUGCCGCUGCCGCCAUCGCCGUGGCAACUUCCCGCGUGUAUGAGCCGCCGCCGAUUCCGCCGUCGCGCAAGGAGCCCCUCCUGCGCCGCUCCGAACUCGCCCUGCACCCUCCCGAAACGCCCUUCCGAUAGUGUGCACUUCCUCCCACUGUCCCCCCUUCUCUCCUUGCGCCAUGUCUCUGACUGUGUGUGUGUUGUGUGUGGAUGGAGUAUGUCUGUGGUUUCUGUAAGUGGGUGAGAAGUCUCUGUGUGUGUGUGUGUGUGUGUGUGUGUGUGUGUGUGUGUGUGUGUGUGUGUGUGUGUGUGUGUGUGUGUGUGUCUGUGUGUGUGUUUGUCUGGGUGCCUUGGCUUUUAAGGACUGGAAUAUCUGACCUUGGUCCUGAUCACACAUCCGGUGUAGCAAGUCAGGGUUAGGAAAGGGAAAGUGCACACUUUUCUUCAUACACAACCUACAAUGUAACAUUUAAAAUCUCAAACCUUAAACCUGUAGACAGCUUUAAGGUGUAGGCUAAACUAUUAGCCAUGUGAUGUUUUAUGUGUGUGUUUUUUUUGUUGUUUUUUUGUUUUUAAAAUAUAUUAGCCUAUGAAUGAUCCUGUACUUGAGAUUUUUAAGAUUUGCUUGAAAUAAUUAGAGGAACUAUAAACCAGUUUACAUAUGUCUGUACAUAAAUAUAUAAACACACAUAUUAAUUAGAUGUCGAUACAUUUUUAAUGAAUGUAUGUUUACUCCCCGAGGUGUGUGAAGUGCAGGACCAGGGUUUGACACUGUUUUUAUGUGUGCGCGCGUGUGUGUGUUUGUCCUUUGUGUCUUCGAGACAGUGUAUGUGUGUUGACGUCAGUUGCGUUGGUUGCAAUGACAGAAUGACAGGCACACACAUGGAUCAACACACACAUGCAUUUAGGGAAACUGCCUUGAUCUUCUACCACAGUACAUACACACGGCCUUCACAUCCUGAGGGGAAAAAAGUAAAUGAUCAGUGAUAACGUGUAUCACUCCUCCCCAUCCCACAUCACCCAUCCUGAAAGCUGAAAGACACUGUGAAUCCUCUCUGCUUUUAUUUGUUUUAAUGUAGCUACACCAAUCAGCACGGUGAGAAACAGGGAAUAGCCUAAUUUGGGAAAGAUAAGAUGGCUAGAUGUGCCAUUAGCUGGGAUCGGUCCUUUAGCAUGUUUAGGCUGAUUGGACCUUCAUUCAUUGACGUAACUGCCAUUUUGCAUAGUAGAGGCAUUUUGGAAGUAUCUUAUUGAUGAUUAUCAUGUUUUUUAUGAAAUGUACUAAAUGGGACUCAAGCAUCUUUUAAAAAAAAAAAAAAAAAAAAAAAAAAGUCUCCAUAAUCUUUGUUUACAGCCAUGAAUGAGAAGUAGCUUUUUACAGAAUGAACAUGUUUAUAGCCAAAAUCUCUCUCUUUUUUUUCUUUUAACUCAGUGGCUUAUUAUUCUUAUGCCUUAUGCCUAGAGAAAUGUAUAAAAGUGUGCUAUUUUUUGAUUGUAGUCUUAAAAUGUGAAACUAGAUGGAAGCCAGCACAACGAGAGUGCUAUAUGUGGUGUGGAAUUAAAAGAAAUGGGAGAUCAGUUUCUUUCAGUCUUCUUUCCCAUUCGCUGUACAAUAUCACUAGACUGCCCCUCAUCUAUCCUCCAUCUCUCUCCAUCUUUCUUUGCAUCUGUCUUUAACUGUGUGCCAUCAUUAUCAUCAUCAUCAUCUACCUUACACAUACCUACACAAUGAAGAGACCAGUGUUAAUGGGAAUGUCUAAGAAAAUGUCUUCAUUUGUGUAGUUUGUAUGUACGAAUAUUAUGGAAUAUUAAGGGUCUAUGCAUGGGCUUUAGAAAAAAAAUAUAGUGUAACCAAGUAUAUAAUAAAAAUGUUUGAUCCUUAUGAAAGUAAAGGGAGAAAAGUUUUUGGGUUUUGUUUUACCAUUUUUCUUUUUUGUUGAUGUUUCAUGAUUGUUUUUCUUCUGUGAAACGACCAGACUCAAAUGAAUGGGAGCCUUGAGAGGAAGUGAAAGGACUAGAGACUGCCCCCUGUCCCUCUCGGUUUCUGUGGAUGGGGUAAGUUGGGGGUGACCCUCGCUCUGUCCCCUUAGCUUUACCAGCCCCAAAGGAGCUGCUCUACACAACGCUGCACCCUUUGAGUAAAUAACUACCCAGCGCCACCCUCCUAAAACCUCCACAAUGCGAGUUUGCUACACUGGCCGAUGUUUAGUUGCUUUUUGGGAGAACACUGGUUUGGAGAUGUGGUGAAGCUUUGUGUGUACCACUUAAAUAUUGUGCAAUGGCUCUCGGAGACCUUGUACCUGACAGGGUACUUGAGAGGGUCUUGAGAGUUGUUCAGCUGACGCUUUGGUUUCUGUGAUGUGUUGGAUGUUGUGCAUGUUAUAUUUUGCUUUUUUUAUUCCAAAACCCAAGAGCGAAACUUUCUGACUCCGCUGUCCCAACUGAACUAGGUCCCCCAAAGGAACUGUGGACGCCGUUGGUGGGGUGAGGACAGUUAGCGUCGCGCAAUGCACAGGAAGCUCUCUCUGACUCCAUGCAGGUAAAAAGCACUGUGCUUCGCCCCACCCCCCUUCCUCUCGUCCACCUGAUAGCGCCUGCGCCUGUACUGAACACCUGCUCUUCUCCCCCACUACCCCACCUCCCCCUCUAGUCUCCACUCCUCUGUCAACAUCACCACAGCCAAUGGGGAUCCUUCAUGGGCCCAAGUUACGCCACAAUAUUUUGCUGAAAGAAAACACUGACAGGUUUUGCUUCGCAGCUUGAGUGACAGCAGGGGCUAACAGUUUGCUGCUGCUUCUGUUGGGCUGAUAUUCAUGUUGCUGCGAGUGAAGGGUGAAUGUGGUAGUGCCAUGAAGAUUGGGUGAAUGUUAGCAGUUAUAGCUGAUGAGUAAGUGAGUGUGUGAAGUGGUGGAGUGACUGGUUGAAGCUGUUGCUAUAGUGAAGAGUGCUUGGGUGUUGGUCUGUUCAGCGUCUUGAGGCUUGGCAGAUGUGGACUUUGCUCAAGAUCCCCACUUAGUAUAUCGCCGAUCUCGCUUGUCCCCCAACUCUUCCUUUACACCCUCCCUUUUUUUCCACCCGGCCCCCUUCCUCCCCCAGACCUUCCUGAAGUUUGUUCGCCGUACACACACAGCUUGCCGCCGUCCUCGUCGCCUUCCCAAAACCGGCUCUUUUGAGUUUGUUCGGUGUUACGCACUUGCUGCCUAACCGCCUGAACGCACCCCUGAAACUUCCCCUUUGCUGGACAUGCUCUGCCAGGCACUUAAACUGAUAGUCCUCCCUAAAGCAACAUCAGACUCUGCAACUAGAGCUUCAGACAAAAACGAUAUAUGGUUUUGCCCUCCCAUCGAGAGAUCACAAGUUUGAUCCCCCAGCCUUCCAUGGCCAAAAGUCAUAAUUGGACCAGUGUGGCUGCAGGAUUUCAAUCCAGCGAAGCAGGAGCCACACCUGAUCCUUGACUGAAGUCAAGGAUCAGGUGAAUAAACAAGAGGAAUCUGUGGCAUCUGCUUGUUUGGAAUGAAAAGCCUGCAGACACACCAUCCCUUUGCUGAUAAGAUUGGACACCCCCCUGCUCUAAGGGGACUAAACAAAGAACCUUCUUGGUUGACCCUUUCUCUACAAGUAUACUAUGUUAAUCAAAGCAACAGUAGCUGUAUCAUGGGUCAAACGUCUGUUGAAUCAUGGAUGCAGAAGAGAGUUCUUCAUUGUGAGUUCUGCCUUCUCAUGCUGCAUGAGCAGGAGUUCAAAAAGUUCUGGUGGCUUCAUGUGGCUCACAUCACCUAUAUAUUUUUGUCUAGAGCUCUAGUUACUGAUUCUGAGAUUUUGGGUGGAAAAUCACUUUAACGCCCUCCUGUAGGGCUCGUAGUUUAAAUCCUAUGAUUACACAUUGACAGUCGAAAGCCACCCUUCACCCCUAGAGGGUGUGUUAGUGUCAGAUUUUGUUCCAGAAGACCUAAUCUAAUCCAGUAGACAUGAAUUAGGUAAGUCAGGUCUCCCUUUUAUGGGUAAAACUGGAACAAAAGGCACUUCCUGUAGAUCAGCUCUUUCGCAGGUGUCAUUAACUGUCUUCAAGUAAUAUCCACCGAAAGUAUACACCAGAUGUUGAGUUUAUUGAUGAACACAUAAAAGGGACAUGAGUGGGACUCCAGGUGUAUACGAGUGCAACGUCUGGUGAAUACUGACUUGAAGAUUAGUGAAUCUGGUUGACGCCAAAUGUCAUUUGUUUGAGGGUGUGCCUACUUUCAACCCACUUCCUCUAAACUCCUUUUGAAGUGUUGUAACUUUUUGCACCGAGUCUUGUUUGAGUUUUCAGCUGACACUGAGGACAUCUCAAAAUAAGAACACUGAUCUUUUGACCAGCUUCUGACCCUGUCUGUCAUUACAGUUGUGUUUCAUAGAAUGUUGCUUGCCCUAUACGAUUAGAAAAAUGGGUUUCUCAAGGGUUCUUUGCAUGGUUAAGGGUUCUAGCUUCUGAAAUUUUCCUUUAAAAUUUUCCUGAAAGGGAGAUCCUCUGUUGUAGGGUUCUGCCUAGGCUAUGUUCACAUCACCAGUUUCACUGCACACUUGCAAUUUUUUUGCUCAGAUUGGAUCUGUCUAUGAUCUGUCUAUGAUCUGUCUAUCUUGAUGGUUCACAUCCAUAACCACAAGUGACACACCUGUCACCUGAAACAUCCUGCAUGCCCACAUCAAUUUCUUGGAUCACUACAUUAUCAUGUAGUGGGUUUGGUAAGUUCCAGUUUUGUUUGAAUCGUUUGCCCAAAUAUCAUGUCCAUUACCAAUUUCCCCAUUCUUCCACUGGAUGAUGACUACAAUGACAUGAAUUCCCAUCUGACUGUUCUUAUUGCCGCAGAUCUAUGUCAAAGUAAGGUGGAAAAUCUGGUUUGUGUCACUUCAACCUGGUAAUGUGAAUAGCCAUAGAACGCUUGAGGUUUUCCCUAGACAGGCAUACUGAGAAAACCUUAAGGGGACUCGAUGGAACCUUUUUUUAUUCUAAGAGUAUAUAUGCACACUCCUUCUAUGAGAAAAAUGUUUAGCACAGACCAGUGUGAGGUCAGCUGUGAAGACCUUAAACCCUUCAUGUGGAAAGAUAAAACCUUCACAAACAUAAACCACCUGUAGGUCCAAUUACCAUUUUGGGGCUGUGACUUUCUCAUAGUGAUGCAUUCAUACAUGCACACACACACUCACUUGUGCUGUGUCAUAGAAUUUCAAACAGCUGAGUUGAUGGGAAAACUGGCCCUGAAUCUACCUGCCACUUGAGAAAGGAUAUACAGGCAGUUCAUCCUUUAAAAAUGGGGGCUAGAUCAGGGAUAUUAACCCACAAUUUGUAAAGAUCCAGUUACAUAAAAUUCCUUGCAAGCAAAGGUCAGGAUAAGCAAAUAACAUGACUGAAAUGUGACACCAAUGCUUAACCAUUAGUGAGUAGUUCACGGCUAUAAAUAAGAAAAAUCUAUUUAUCUAUCUAGUCGUUUUUUUUUUUUUAAUAAAACAAUCCAUGUUGUCACUCUACUAAUCAGACAAGAGAGAGUUCAAUUUAAAAAAAUCUAUGGAAUACUAUGAAAUCCCUUUCUUGAUAAAUAAUUUACAUAAAUGCAUGUGAUUGGCUGCGGCAAUCGUGUUCGUGUUUAAAAAAAAAAAAAAGAGUCACGCUACUAUGACUAUUUUUUUUAUUUCAUACAUUGGUCAAUACUGCUACAGCUUUUUUUUGAGUGUUCGGCCCUCUGAAAUACUUCCGGACCACAGCCUGCUAGUUGAUGACCCGUGGGUUAAUGGCUUUUUGGUUUGUCCCACUUGGUAACCACUUAAAGUUCUAUAUAGAACCCUAUACAUGUGGGUUUGCCCUUUUACAAAACAUUUCAAACACAAGUACCCUUCAAGUACCCUUAAGAAUCCUAGAACCAUCAACCUAUCUAAAGAAUCCAUGAGAAACCCUUUUCCUAUAAGAGUGCAGAGAGAAGAAAAUAAAGGUGAGUAUUCUGUAGCAUAUGAUGAAAUGUCUCACAGAAUAGGAGAUCUGUGCUUACUGAGGAAAAUAAGUGUUUCUGUGGAACGUUCCUAGAGAGUGAAGUUGACACCGACCUCUGACAGCAGUCUUAAUGUUUCCUACACACUAUACCAGAGGCUCUUUGCUUAGCUUGAUGUUCUCUAACAGCUAAAAGGCUGCCCCCUACUUUUCUCCUUUUACUCUUGGUGUGCACAUUAUCACACAGCACUGCCUGUGGUAGCAUUUUCUUUAGCCAUUGCUUUAAGAAAUCCCUUUUUGCCCAUUUAUCUACCUACUUCUAACUUUUUGUACAUUUUUUCCUACCAAUUCAUCUUCUUUUCAAAUAUGAUCUUUUUUGGUGACAAUAAACAAAGCAGUUUUUGUCACAGGGAUUAUGUGUGUUGCCCAUAAUUAUACCGCUUUGGAGAUGGUGGGGUAAAUGCAUGCUCUAUAAUAAUGUUAACUGCACAAACUUGGUAACUGGAUAAAUGUAAUUACUGUUCUACAUCAGCUUAUGCAUACACACAAUGUGUUGUCGCAUGCAAACCUAUAAUAAACUAGUCCUAUAAGAGAA